UGCCCCCAUGAUUCUUUCCUGACUGGCUUGGUUUAUUAAUUCUUCAUGACUACACUACCUGCAUCAGAUCCUUCAGUCUGGGGUUGGAAAUAAGAUUGCUGUCCAGAAGGAAAAAUGUUCGGUUUCCACAAGCCAAAGAUGUACCGGAGUUUAGAGGGCUGCUGCAUCUGCAGGGCUAAGUCUUCCAGCUCUCGGUUCACAGACAGCAAGCGCUAUGAGAAGGACUUCCAGAGCUGUUUCGGGUUGCAUGAAACUCGUUCAGGAGAUAUCUGCAAUGCCUGUGUCCUGCUUGUGAAGAGAUGGAAGAAACUGCCUGCAGGAUCCAAAAAAAACUGGAAUCAUGUGGUAGAUGCAAGGGCAGGACCCAGUUUGAAGACUACCUUGAAACCAAAGAAAGUGAAGGCGCUAUCUGGGAACAGGAUGAAAAGCAGUCAGAUCAGUAAACUCCAGAAGGAGUUCAAGCGCCACAACUCUGAUGCUCACAGCACCACCUCCAGUGUCUCCCCCGCCCAGUCUCCAUGUUACAGUAAUCAGUCGGAUGAAGGCUCUGACACAGAGAUGGCUUCUGGCUCCAGCAGGACACCCGAGUUCUCCUUCCUCGAUCUCACCUACUGGAAACGGCAGAAAAUCUGUUGUGGGAUCAUCUAUAAAGGCCGUUUUGGGGAAGUUCUUAUCGACACCCACCUCUUCAAGCCAUGCUGCAGCAACAAGAAAACUGUUGCCGAGAAGCCAGAGAUGCCAGGGCCUGAGCCCCUGCCCAGCCCCCCUCAGGAGUGGUGACGGGCUGUUGUGGGGGACAAGAACAGCAACAAAACC